AAGAUUUAUUUUGGUUGCUAUUGAGCUCGAGCUGAGAAAGAAAAUUUUAAUUUCCAUGAUCAACUUUAGCUUAGAACUUUUCCUAGUGUGCGAUACGUGUCACACUAGAUCUUGCCUGGGGAUUGCCUCCUUAUCAAUUUGGUAUUUCGGCCGAGACAAUUCAAAGAGCUUUUACCACAUUUUCUUAGUUUCUUUACCUUUUCCAAGAACUAAAAUUUUGAAUCUUAAUGUCUUGCGCUGCGUGAUUCAGAAACGCAAACAGUUUAGAUGCAGCGAGCAAGAGCCGCUCUUGCCUACUUGUGAACUCUGCGGUUCCCGUGGUCGCGGGUACUAAUCCCCAUGAAUAGCCUGGAUUCGCCUGGAUUUCGCCGGGAGCCAAUCGCGUGUCCUGGGUGAGAAAAGAGUGAAAUUGAGCUAGACGGUAGGCGACUAAGAUUCAAAAAAUUUCUUGAGCUCCUCUUGAUAUUGAUAGAUACACUUCUGAU